CCCACUUCCCUCCCCAACCCAUCCAUCCAUCCAAAAUGGGCAACCUAACCCCCAUCCUCGUCGCCCUCGUUGCCCUAGCCCUCACAUACACAUGGCUCGCCGACCCUCUGCGCAAAGUCCCCGGACCCUUCCGGGCGCGCUUCUCGCGCCUCUGGAUGGUGCAUCGCAGCCGGAAAGGCGACAUGCAUACGACCAUGAUCGCGCUACACAAGAAGCAUGGCCACCUCGUGCGCACUGCGCCAAACGAAGUCAGCAUCUCGGACCCAGCGGCCCUGAAAACUAUUUACGGUGCUGGUACCAAGUUCUGGAAAAGCGACUGGUACUCGGUCUGGCAGGGGCAUCGCACGUUUGAUUUGUUUGGCGAGAGGAACGAGAAGGUACAUGGCAGGCAGAGGAGGCUGGUUAGUAAUAUUUAUAGUCUGGAUCAGCUGAGGAAGUUGGAACCGUAUGUGGAUUCCACGCUAGAUUUGUUUUUGGAGCGGGUGCGGGAGGUGGGGCAGGGUGGGAAGGGAGUUGAUAUGGGGAAAUGGGCGCAGAUGUUUGCUUUUGAUGUGAUCGGCGAGGUGACUUUCUCCCGCCGCUUUGGCUUCCUCUCCGCUGGCAAAGAUGACGGCUCGUUCUCCGCUAUCGACGACGCGCUUCUUUCUGCGGCUUGGAUUGGUCAGGUUCCCUGGCUCUAUUGGCUGCACGACUUCAUCAUGCCGGUGAUUGGCAAUUACCUUGGAGUCAACAACCGCAAUGGCUCGCUUCGGCAAUUCGCCGCAAGGGAGUGCGAGAACCGCAAAGGCCGGGGUUCUGACCAUCGCGACAUCCUAGCCGCGCUGAAAGACGUGCAGGACCAGAAACCCGAGGAGUUCGACGACAAUGGCGUGUUGAGCAUGGCGGCGAGUAAUAUCUUCGCUGGGAGUGAUACGACGGGGAUUAGCAUCGGGGCUGUGCUGUACAAUGUCUGCAAGGAUCCUCGUGUGAAAGAAAAGCUCGUAGAGGAAAUCAGGCAGACGAUUGAAAAGGAAGGCCUUGAUGCCACUCAAAACAUGCCGUUUAAAACGGGGUUUGCGAUGCCGUAUCUGCAGGCCGUCAUCUACGAGGCAUUAAGAAUGCAUCCUGCAGUGGGCAUGACGCUUCCGCGUGUUGUGCCAGCCGAGGGAUUCGAGUAUGAGGGUGUUUUUAUCCCCGCAGGUACCAUCAUUGGCGCAAACCCGUGGGUCAUCCACAGACAGAAAGAGGUAUUUGGUGAGGACUGCGAGGCAUUCCGGCCUGAGCGAUGGCUGGAGGGUGAUCGAAGUAUCAUGGAUCGCAAUUUCUUCGCCUUUGGAAGCGGCGCCCGGGGCUGCAUUGGUAGGAAUUUGAGUUGGAUCGAAAUCACCAAACUCGUUCCUUCGCUGCUCAUGCAAUUCGAUAUCGAGCUUGCAGACCCGGAAAGGCUGCCGGAACAGCAUUGCUGGUGGUUUGUGAAGCAAGACGGGCUGGAUAUGAAGCUCACGCCUCGAGAGAAGAGGGCUGAUAGUCCGGUGGGAGCGUGAGUGGCGAUGAGGGAAUGCGCAUAUUGUGGGGGGAAACUGGGAGCACGUCGAUGUUUUCAUGAAGGUAUGUUCGGAUGAUAAUUUUUUGCAUCUCUCGGUAUAAGCUCUUGACAUGCAAUAUCAGGAUACUGAAGUUUAGCAUGGUCACUGCUCAUGGUCUCGGAC